AUGGCGAGCACCCCAGACAGCAAAGCCGGGGGCCGCGAUGAGGUGCUUCCCUCGGAGGCCUCCAGCGCCACUCGGCAAGAGAUCUUUGAUUCCAGUUUCAAUGAAAAAUUGGAUGAAAAGGAUGCUCAACUGGAGCAUUCUGGCCACCCCGAACGAGUUAUCCUCACAGAGGACAUGUGCUACGACAAGCUGGGCUACUCCUUCAGUGAAAAGCGCAAAUGGCUGAUCAUCGCUGUCAUCUUCUUGGUUCAGACCUCGAUGAACUUCAACACCUCUCUGUACUCCAACGGUCUCGCAGGCAUUUCUGAAGAAUUCGGUGUCUCGAUGCAAGCAGCACGAUGUGGUGCCAUGAUCUUCCUGGUGCUGUAUGCCUUUGGCUGUGAGCUCUGGGCACCCUGGAGUGAGGAGCUGGGCCGUAAGCCCAUCUUGCAGGCUUCCCUGUUCCUCGUCAACAUCUGGCAACUGCCCGUGGCUCUGGCCCCCAACUUUACCUCCGUCAUGGUGGGCCGGGCCCUCGGUGGCUUGUCCUCUGCGGGAGGCUCCGUGACCCUGGGUAUGAUCGCCGACCUCUGGGAGGCAGACACCCAGCAAUAUGCCGUGGCUGCCGUUGUCUUCUCCUCCGUCGGUGGUUCCGUGCUGGGUCCCGUUGUCGGUGGCUUUGUUGAGGCCUACCUUCCCUGGCGAUGGACCAUCUGGAUUCAGCUGAUCUUUGGUGGCUUUGUCCAAAUUGCGCACUUCCUGCUUGUCCCCGAGACCCGGACCACGGUCAUGAUGGACCGCAUCGCCAAGAAGAUGCGCAAGAGCGGCGAAAACCCCAACAUCUAUGGCCCCACUGAGGGCAUGUCCUUCCGUGAGCGCUUCCCGCCUCGGGAGCUGAUGGCCACUUGGAUCCGCCCCUUCAAGAUGUUCCUCACCGAGCCCAUUGUCUUGACCCUCUCCCUUCUCAGCGGUUUCAGUGAUGCUCUGAUUUUCAUGUUUGUGCAGUCUCUGUCUCUGGUCUAUGACCAGCAUGGAUUCAACACCUGGGAGAAGGGGUUGGCGUUCAUUCCUAUUCUGGUCGGUUACUUCAUCGCCUGGUUCUCCUGGUUCCCGAUCAUUCGUCGCAAUGUCAAAGAGCGAAGAGAGAACCCCGACAGUGAGCGCGCCCAGUACGAGUCUCGUCUGUGGUGGUUGCUUUACACUGUGCCUUGUCUGCCCAUCGGUUUGAUCGGCUUCGCAUGGACCAGCUUGCCUCAGGUUCACUGGAUUGGCUCCAUGAUCUUUGCUGCGGUCAUCGGUAUCGCCAACUACGCCAUUUACAUGGCCACCAUUGACUACAUGAUCUGUGCCUACGGUCCGUACUCAGCCUCGGCCACUGGUGGUAACGGUUGGUCGCGCGACUUCCUGGCUGGAGUUUUGACCAUCCCCGCCACUCCGUUCUUCACGAACAUUGGUGGCAAGUACCAUCUGGAAUAUGCCUCGACCAUUCUCUUCGUCAUCUCGGUGCCAUUGGUCGUUGCCGUCUACGUGAUCUAUUGGAAGGGACCCGUUCUGCGGAAGCGUUCUCCAUUUGCACAGCAGUUAGAGGAGGCCCGCCAUGACGUCGCCGUUCAGGGCCGCCGCCUGUCCAAGGUCCCCGAGUCCUCGCGGGCCAACUCUCACGCCCGCUCUCAGCAAGAUCUCCGCAUCCGUCAGACCAUGGGCAGCCGUCCUGGCUCUCGCGUCAACUCCCGCGCCAAUUCUCGCGCUAAUUCGCGCCGCACCAGCCUUGCCGAAAUCGAGGCUUAA